UAAAAGAAAGAACAUUCAAAGAAAAAUUAAUAAUCACAAAAAAUUUGGCAGAAAAGGUGAUGGUGUAUUUAGAUUACACAAAGGUCAUUUAGAAUUUGGUGCAAUUGAAGCUAGUAGGAAUUGGAAAGAGAUAAAUGAAGUUGCUAGUAGAUUAACAAACUCCAAACCACUUGCUCUGGUAUUAAAAGAGGUUUUAUAUGCACAAUCUAUUAUUAUUGCAACAAUGGAUAUAAUUGAUAAGAAAGAUGAUUUAAAGAUCGAAACCUUUCUUGAUGAUAGUAAUGAUAGAUAUCACACACUCCCUACCAAUAUUACGAUGAACAUAUUUACAACACCAAAUAAAUCACGUACAAAGGAUAUGAUUAAUGAGAUAAAAAAUAGUGUUAAAAUAACAAUACCAC